AUGUCGUCCAGAAAGCACGAAGCUGUGUUUCAGCCUGGAGUACCUGCUCCAAGAUUACUAGAAAGUAGAUACAUCCCAUUCACGAAUGGCAAUGAUGUAGCAGCUGUUGAGUGGCUGUUGUAUAUCUCUGAUGUACACGAGCUCAACGCGUAUCUCGCUGGAAAGCCCGUCGUCCUCGAUGGCAGCUCCCUUUCCCUCCCCCAAAUUGCUGCAAUCGCCCUCUACCCCCCCUCACCACCUUCCCAUACCUCCGUGCCACCAGCCAUCACUUGUGCACCGUCCCUGGAAUUAACCUCCUCUCAAUACCAGCGUGAAAGGGUCGCCGCCUCUCGAGAAGUCAUUGAAACUAAGGUCGCGGCAGGCCUAUCCAUCUACGGCGUUUCCACUGGGUUCGGGGGCUCCGCAGAUACUCGUACUGAUGACCCGCUGGCUCUCGGUGCUGCACUAUUGCAACACCAACAUGCAGGUGUCAUCUUGCCUUCGACUGCUAGUGCACCCUCGCAUCUUGUCGGUCCCAUGCCCCUGACUGAUCCCACACACGGAACAACCAUGCCUGCAACCUGGACACGGGCUGCCAUGCUCAUCCGCGCUAACUCACUGUUACGAGGACAUUCUGGGGUACGCUGGACCCUAGUAGAGAAAAUGGUCGAAUGUAUCCGAAAGGGCCUCGUCCCAGUCGUUCCCCUGCGCGGAAGUAUCAGCGCGAGUGGAGACUUGUCGCCUCUGUCCUACGUGGCGGGGAUGCUCAUCGGUAACCCUGCCAUCCGGGUCUGGCCUUGCGCCAUGGAAGAGACUGUGAACUUCACGUAUCCACCACCUGGGACAACGAUGGAAAUGAUGUCUGCGCCUCAUGCUUUCCGAGCGACUGGGACCACCCCGUUACCCCUUGCCAGCAAAGAACAUCUGGGAAUCCUCAACGGGACGGCAUUUAGCGCCGGACUAACGUCGCUUGUGGUGCGCAAUACAGAAACAAUAGGUGUCCUUGGAGCGGUUCUGACAGCACUCGCGGUCGAAGCUAUGAAUGGUGCACGCGGCAGUUUCGAUCCCUUCGUCGGCGAGGCACGCCCGCACAUCGGCCAGAUCGAAGCAGCGCAUUUGAUAUAUGAACUACUCGCUGGCUCGCAGUUCGCCGUCGAUCACGAGGAAGAGGUGAAGAUUGAAGAGGAUGACGGAGUACUCAGACAAGACCGCUACUCUCUGCGCACGGCCCCGCAGUGGCUGGGACCUCAGUUUGAGGAGUUGAAGCACGCCAAAGAAACAGUUCAGAUUGAAAUCAACUCAACUACUGAUAAUCCGCUCGUCGAACCUCCGAGGACGCCAACUGGAGACGGUAAAAUCCAUCAUGCUGGCAAUUUCCAAGCGCUUGCCAUGACCGUUGCGAUGGACCAUCUUCGGCUGGCACUCGCACAAAUCGGAAGAUUGAUGUUUGUCCAGCUAACAGAAAUAUUGAACCCUCUGAUGAACCGCGGUUUGCCGGGGAAUCUCGCUGGCGGCGAGGCAGCGUUGGAUUUUGGUGGAAAGGGUCUUGAUAUCGCCGCCGCGGCAUAUGCGGGUGAGCUAAAUGCCCUCGGAGGGAUGAAUGUCGGCGUAGGUGUCGUCAGUGCGGAGAUGCACAACCAAAGCCUCAAUUCGCUGGCCCUGGUUUCAGCGCGAUAUACCCUUGCGGCCCUUGAAGUCUCCGAACUUCUUGCGGCUUCCCACAUCUAUAUCCUCUGCCAGGCGCUCGAUCUGCGGGCAAUUCAAACUGAGAUGUAUAGUCGCGCGGGGGCUGUCGUGCGUUCGGUCCUCUCGGAAACUUUUAGGGACGCUUUCGCCACACCAGAAUCAUUGGACACAGUAACGUGCCGGGUCACACCGAGGAUUUUGAACGAGCUUGAUCAGACAACCAGCGUAGCCCUCGGAUUGAGGAUGGCAAAGGCCGCCAGCGCCGCUGUUGCGCCGCUACUCGAGGCGUUGACCUCUGACCCGUCGUGUUGCGUUUCGACCCUUGACCUGCCCCAGAUCGCGCGGUUCAGGGAGAUCUUGGCUCAGAGACUCGAGGCGCUCCUUACGGAGUUGCGCUGCGCGUUUAUGGGUGUAUCCCUGGAAGAAGUGUAUUCAUCGUCAUCGUCACCGCCACAACUUCCCAUGUUCGGUAUCCUACCGAUGGGUCGUGCGCCCGCAUCGAAAUACCUUGCUUCGCGCACGCGGCUUGAGCUUGGCAUCCCUAUGCACGGCAGUGACAAUCUCCGCAAGACCGUGUACGGGAUGCGUGCGCGUGACCGGGAGGCGCAGCAGUCCUGGGAUGCGGCAAUGAUAGAGGAAGCAGGCUUGGGUAAGACCGUGGAUACCACGCAUGGAGACAAGGUUGCUAUGAUCGUGGAGGCACUCCGAAAUGGUAGGAUUGCUCGGGUCGUGGCAAGAAUGUGUGAGGGGAUAGAUGCGUAA